UGUGCAUCUCCCUACUGACCUCUGUUGUUGAUAAGUGACGAAUAUGUUGAUGCGCGAGCAUGGAACGUUGGAAUUGAACCGUAAUGGCUGAUCCGAAGCAAGCUGUCAAAGAAUGUUGCAGAUUAGUACGAUUUUAAACGUCGUUUUGCAAGAUUUACAAUUCAGUUUCUUACGCAAACAAUUAAACAUAAACAAAGAGUCGGAUAACCUUAUUCUUGGGACUUCAUAAUGAAAUUAACGGGCAUCAUAGUGGCGUAGCUCAUACAUGAAGGUGGACGUAUAGUUUGUGACUGUUUGGGACUAAGAGGAUAUAACAUUUUUCUUGGAAAAAUUGAAGCGACAAUACUGGAAAAAUAAUUACUUACGGCCAAAAUGAAUAAUCGAAGACGCACAACAAACUAUACGUACGUUAGCUCGUGCGUAAAAUACAUGAUAUUUCUGCUCAAUUUUGUCUUUUGGCUCUUUGGUGGAUUAUUAAUUGGAGUGGGUCUAUAUGCCUUUGUUGAUAAAUGGCAAGCAACUGGUUCUGUGAGAGUGGAAAAUGUUUAUGAUGUUGUUCUCAACAUUUCUCUUGUGAUGGUAAUUGCUGGAGGAGUUGUAUUUAUUGUCAGCUUUGCUGGAUGUGUUGGAGCACUCCGAGAGAACACUUGUCUUCUUAAAUUUUACUCCCUCUGCUUAUUGGUAUUUUUCCUUCUGGAAAUGGGAGUUGCUAUAGUAGGCUUUGUAUUUCCACAUACGUUGCAGUCACUUUUAGAAGAAUCAUUUACUGACAAAAUCAUUCAAACCUAUCGAGAAGAUCCUGAUCUUCAAAACUUUAUUGAUUUUGGCCAACAAGAGUUCAGGUGCUGUGGGUUGAGCCAAGAGGGUUACAUGGAUUGGGGAAAAAAUGAGUACUUCAACUGUUCUAGCCCUAGUGUAGAACGCUGUGGUGUACCCUUUUCCUGUUGUAUGAAUGCAACGUCCAUUUCUAGUGGUCUGAUCAAUAUAAUGUGCGGAUACAAGGUUCAGAUGUUACCAGUAUCAGAGGCCAGUAAGAAGGUAUGGACAAGUGGCUGUAUAGAAAUUGUACGAAGCUGGGCAGAGCGUAACCUUUAUACUAUAGCUGGAAUUGCGUUGGGUAUUGCUCUGAGUCAACUAUUUGUGAUUUAUUUGGCAAAAACGCUGGAAGGACAAAUUGAGCUGCAGAAGUCGCGCUGGCACUCCUGAGCCUGACCUCAGGCCACCUACCGCUACCAAGUCAAUUCCUCAGUCAGUCGGCAGGUGGCCAGUUGCCAAACACGAGGCCAGGAAGCCGAGACCAGUGUAAACGCUCGAAUGGCACUGCUCGUCCUGUUCGCCAUCUCUCUCUAUGUCCUCUGCAUUCUCUCUCUGAUCAGGCUCAUACUGUACUUCAGGAACUAUUUUCAGUCGUAUCUUCGUAGAGGGUAAUUCGUAUACUUCCACUUAAAUGAAAGAUCACGUAACCGAUUGCCUUAUAUCUGUCGAAAUAUUUUGUUCUUGCGUCACCACUCUGGGUAAAUUAUAAAGAAUCUCCUGGGUACCUAGAUUAAACCCAAUUUUCGUUUUACGUUGCAUUUACAAGAAGUCUUUAUUUUCUCAUCAGUAUUUCUCAAAUUAUUCUACAAUCAUGGCUCUCAAUAGUUAAUGGACUCAGGAUCGAACCCUCUGAAUAGUGAACAUCCCUUCCCUCUUGAUUUACUGUUGAGAGCAGCAAAGAAGGGUCUAACGGACUAGAUGUUCGCUAGCGACAACUGUAGACCGCUUUUCGUCCGUUGGUCAUUUUAUUUGGAAUGGUAUUAGAGAGCAGUUGCUUAAGGAAAAAUAUGUUCACUAUUGAAGGGUACACUAUUGAAUUUAUUCGUAAUGAUUAACUUAAGAAACACAGCUUCCAGUUAAUUGUCUAAUUCGAUGAGGUAUUAUUUUGAAUAUAUCUUUUGUUUUCUACACGAAAAGUAAUAUUUACAAGCGUUUGAAAUAUAGGUCCAACAUAUGAUAAUUAAUAGAGUAUGUUUAACACUAGUAUUAACAAAUUUUGUAUUUUUAAGUAUUUUUUUUUUAUUGCUUAAAUGAAAGCACCCGUACUCAGUGACGCGAGGUGAAAUAUCUUAACACGUCCAAUGCACUAAUCCUAGCCACCUAUUGAAUAUUUUAGGGUUGGCUGUGCCGUUCCUCCCUUAAAAGAACUUAGCCUGCGAAUGCAUUUCGCGUCAGAGAAAUCAACAUCGUGGACUUUAGAUGGAUUCUUACUCAUAAUGAUAUUCAGUUUGCUUCAGAUAUCAUUGAAAUGUGUGUAUCGUAAAAAGAACGCACAUCUUUUAUGUAACAAUUGUAUUAUUUAAUUAGCUUGAGACGGUCAUUAAGCACAAUUAAUGAACUAAUUAUCAUAUAAACCAUCUUAAAAUGAAUUUGCGCUUUAGUUUGGCAUCGCUAUUAGUUCGUCGAGAGACUCGAUAAACGAAGAAACUUCCAGUGCCAAAAUCUGACCAUCGUUAAAUCUCUAGCGAAAUUUCGGUGCAUUUGCUAUUCUUUCUUUUAACAAGAUCUGACAAUAAGAGUGCAUAAACUUAUUAAUUUUUAUUGUUGUAAGUACGACUCUAUGAUCAAUAGUUUGUUAUAAGGUAUUUGAGUCUUUUAAUCUACUUUUUUUUAUUCAAACGGAUAUAACACAUGUGAAACAAAUUGACGUAAACGAGUGAGACACGACCGUUAUCGCAUUGAUUUUCGCAAGUUCUCACUAUAUAAAUUUAAAAAAAGUAUCUCCGUUCUCUGUUCGAACACUCGCAGAAAAAAAAACCGUCGAGAAGAACAACUGGGCUAGAGCACUCAAAUUUAUGAUCGCGCAACGUCAUAAGCGUUUAAUCACACGUAACAUUAUAACGUGCAAAAGUUUCGUUAUGGAAAUCUAAAAAUGUGUAUCCAUUCUUGUUACAAAGAAAAUUAGACCCAAUACCAUAAUAGUUUCCAGAAUUUUACGUGAUAAAAAGCUGUCUAUUAUUUUUAAAGAUUUCGUAACAAACUGACUCAACAUUGGAAUAACAGUGUUCUUAUCUGGUCACUGGUAUUGCAUGUGAUAUCUUAAUGACAGUUCACACUUGAUGAACUAAUCAUUGUCAGGAAUCUCCACCAUAUUAGUUAUUAUUUAUCUCGUGUAUACAUUCGUCCUAAGCCGUUGCUUUAAGUUCGAUGUUCGUGAUCAUAAAGUUUGAAAUUGUAUCAGCUAAUAAGACGGCAACAUUGGGGGACCAUGUGCAUAAGCAACUUGACUUUUCUUCUUCUAAUAAUCAAAACUUAGUACAAUCAUCGUAAAGAAUCGACUUUCGUUCACAUAUGCGAGAUUUAUCAGAACAAAGGACAUGUGAGAGAUACUAUAGUGUUUCGCGACGGUCGUGUCUUACUAUUGACGUGAUAGUAUCGUGUAGAACCUUACCUAGUUUUAAGUACUAUAUAGUGUAAUAUCCUUUUGCCACCACAGUGAAUAAACUACGAAUAAACUAGA